AACUUAUUAAAUAGAUUACUAGAUGGCGAAUUCGGCCCACAGAGCGUUGAACCGCCAGGAGACGCUGAAAAAUAUGAUCAAAGUUGGGGAGGAGAAGUGGGAGCGUGGAGUGGGCAUGGCCAACAUAGGAGUGCUGACUAGUGGAGGGGACUCACAGGGCAUGAAUGCGGCAGUCAGGGCAGUCGUCCGCAUGGGACUCUACUGUGGCGCCAAAGUUUUCUUCAUUCAUGAGGGCUACCAGGGUCUUGUGGAUGGAGGAGACCAUAUCAAAGAGGCCACAUGGGACAAGGUUUCCAACAUCAUGCAGAUGGGAGGCACCGUGAUUGGGAGUGCGAGAUGCAAGGACUUCAGAGAGAGGCCAGGGAGACUGAAGGCGGCUGCCAAUCUGGUGAAGAGGAGGAUAUUCAACCUGGUGGUGAUUGGGGGAGACGGCAGUCUAACUGGCGCCAACACGUUCCGAGAGGAGUGGUCUGGACUUACCAAGGAGCUGAAUGAAAAAGGGGUGUUAAAUGCAGAUGACAUGGGUCUGUGUAGUCAGCUGAACAUAGUGGGCAUUGUGGGCUCAAUUGACAAUGACUUCUGUGGGUCGGACAUGGACAUAGGAGUGGACUCUGCCCUGCACAGGAUCAUGGAGUGCAUCGAUAACAUCACCACCACAGCCAUCAGUCAUCAGCGGACGUUUGUGUUGGAAGUGAUGGGCAGACACUGUGGCUAUUUGGCUCUAGUGAGUGCCAUCGCCAGUGCCGCCGACUGGCUCUUCAUCCCGGAGGAGCCACCCGAGGACGGAUGGGAGGACAGGAUGUGUGAGAAACUAGAAACAGCUCGACUAUAUGCACGUAGACUGGGCAUCAUCAUUGUGGCAGAGGGAGCAGCAGAUAAACAUGGCAAACCCAUCACCGCCGAACACGUCAAAGAAGUGAUCACAAAAAGAACCACUCAGGACACGAGAGUCACUAUUCUUGGCCACGUUCAAAGAGGCGGCAACCCUUCUGCCUUUGACAGACUGCUCGGCUGCAGAUUGGGGGCAGAGGCUGUGAUCACUCUGAGGGACGCACAGAAAGGAACGCCUGCAUGUGUGGUGUGUCUAUCCGGAAACAGCGUCGUGAGACUACCCUUGAUGAGUUGUGUGGAGAAGACGCGGCAAGUGGGAAUAGCACUUGAAGAGAAGCGUUUCGCAGAUGCGUUGAGCUUGAGAGGAAAGAGCUUCAAGAGUAACCUGGAGAUCUACAAGACUCUCAACCAUCGAAUGCCCCCAAAGGCGUCAGAGGUGUGUCCGACGGACAGGAUAGUGGCCGUGAUGAACAUAGGUGCGCCUGCAGCUGGCAUGAAUGCGGCAGUCAGGAGUGCCACCAGGACACUUUCUCUAGCACCCGAUGUCAGAGCAAUCCUAGUCUACGAGGGAUUCGAAGGACUCAUGAGUGGAGAAGUGACGGAUGGUCUCUGGAAUGCGACCGCCUGCUGGAGUGCUCUGGGUGGAUCAUCUCUUGGCACCAACAGGACCACGCCCUCCGACAUCGGACUUAGUAAACUGGCUGAGAAGUUCAAACACUACAAACUAGAUGGACUCAUAAUUAUCGGCGGAUUCGAGGCCUUCCAAUCUAUCCGUGAGCUACAUGCAGCUAGGAAGCAGUUCCCCGAGUUCUGCAUUCCCAUGGUGAUAGUGCCUGCAUCCAUCAGCAACAACAUCCCAGGAACUCAGCUGUCCAUAGGCUCAGACACUGCACUAAAUGCCAUCGUACAGUGUUGUGACGUGAUCAAGCAGUCGGCGCAGGGCACGAGGAAGCGGGUGUUUGUGAUUGAGACAAUGGGCGGCUUCUGUGGCUACUUGGCCUCCAUGGCUGGACUGGCGUGUGGGGCGGAUGCAGCCUACAUCCACGAGGAGAAGUUUAACAUCGAGGACCUCAAGUGUGACGUCUACCACCUUGCCGAGAAGAUAAACGAGGGGGUCUCACGGGGACUUAUCAUCAGAAACGAGAAGGCGAGUACGAACUACACGACUGAGUUCAUAGAGCGCAUGUACAAUGAGGAGGGCGAUGGUCUGUUCAGCUGUCGUUCUAACAUCCUCGGUCACAUCCAGCAGGGCGCCAACCCCUCCCCCUACGACAGAAACUUCGCUACUAAACUGGGGGUGAAGGCUGCCAACUGGAUGGCCACCCGCAUCAAGGAAGCACUCGAGAAAGAUGGCCUAAUCAACACUACGAGUAGCCACACUGCCUGUCUCCUGGGCCUGGACAAACGCACUCUCAACUUCUCCCCUGUGACCUGGGUGUCACAGGUCACAGACUUCAAGUUCAGACUGCCCGCAGAACAGUGGUGGCUCAGACUGCGACCUCUGCUCCGUAUCUUAGCCAAGCACAAGAGUGUCUACAUGGCGGACAGCGUGGGAAUCAUGUCCCUGACGCCUCCUGAUGAUAUGUACCAAACAAAUGGACAUAAGAAGUUCUACCCUUCGUCGACCAAUUCUUCCAGCUCCAACCUCCUUGAAAGCAGUAUUAUGUGAAAUACAAAAAGAAGGAACCUUACGAAGCGUCAUUGAAGUGCUUUAUUUGUUGCUACAACUUACCUGAAUUAAUAAAUGUAGCCAUAUCUUGGCAUUAGCGGUGAAGAAACUGAACUUUAACCGCAAUAGAUUUUAAUGUAGAAAAUAUUGAGCUUAUCUUUGUUAUUCAAGUAGAUUGAAAUAAAAAUGCUGAUAGUUUAAUAAUAUCAAUUUAUUAGAAUUGAAUAACGGUAACUAAUUGCCAAUUGUUUUGCACUCUAUAAAAAUGCAUGUUCUUCUAUAACUCGGAAUGUAAAUAAACAAACCGGAAAAUAUUUUACUGGUAAUCUGAAUGAUUAUCAAAUCCUGCUACUAAUGUAGUAAAAUGUUUUUUUUUUCUCGAAGAACUGCAUUGCGUUUGGUUGAAGUAUUUCGAAAACUCGAAAGAAACUUUGAAGUUGAAACUGAAAUAAAAUGAUCACUGGUGCUAGGUAAAUUAGACGACAAGUCAUUAAAAUGGCAAGGCUAUAAGAAGACUAAAUGUUUUUCCAAACCUUCAAUUGGUUACUUCUUAAAAACUAGAAUCUUAAACGGCAAAAUCAAUGGAUCUUUUUAGUUAGCUCUUUUUUAAUUGUCUUCUUUUAUUGCCCAUUGAAACUAUUGUCGCCUUAACAACUCCUGUUUUAUUUGCGUAACACCAUGUUCACUGAUGCUUAGGCUGUGUGAUGCUUACUGACUUUGUAAAUGCUGAGUAAUAAAAAGUUAAGGCCUAACUAAUUGCAAUUUUGCACCGAAUUGAGUUUUUCGCACACAUGAA